ACUGCAGGUUACCUGUUACUGCUCCUCUGUGGAAGGAAGACAGACUUUUGGUUGUGUUGGGUCAGCUGCAGUCAGAUAGAAGCAUUUCAGUUUGCGUUUGAUCUUUUCUCUGGCUGAAGCCAUGCGACUUCUUCUGAGUGUGGUGCUGCUAUGGAUGCUGAAUAUUGGAGAGCUUCAGGCAAGCGUUAAAUCUUCCUAUCAUGGCUCUGCACCUGGCAUUUGGGACAUGAGCUACCAGCCCCAGCAGCCCGGCUACCCGUCCAAGCCCCAGCCCCGGCCCCAGCAGCCCGGCUACCCGUCCAAGCCCCAGCCCCAGCCCCAGCCCCGGCCCCAGCAGCCCGGCUACCCGUCCAAGCCCCAGCCCCGGCCCCAGCAGCCCGGCUACCCGUCCCAGCCCCAGCCCCAGCCCCAGCCCCGGCCCCAGCAGCCCGGCUACCCGUCCAAGCCCCAGCCCCGGCCCCGGCCCCAGCAGCCCGGCUACCCGUCCAAGCCGCAGCCCCAGCAGCCCGGCUACCCGUCCCAGCCGCAGCAGCCCGGCUACCCGUCCAAGCCGCAGCCCCAGCAGCCCGGCUACCCGUCCAAGCCGCAGCCCCAGCAGCCCGGCUACCCGUCCAAGCCGCAGCCCCAGCAGCCCGGCUACCCGUCCAAGCCGCAGCCCCAGCAGCCCGGCUACCCGUCCAAGCCGCAGCCCCAGCAGCCCGGCUACCCGUCCAAGCCGCAGCCCCAGCAGCCCGGCUACCCGUCCAAGCCGCAGCCCCAGCAGCCCGGCUACCCGUCCAAGCCGCAGCCUCACCACCAACUGCAGUCUGGCUAUCUAUCCCAGCUGCUAGGCAAUGGGCCCAAGAAUCAGGUUAAUUCCUUCCAACCAAGGUCUGGCUCCAAACCCGGACAGCAGCCCAGGUAUGCAUCCAAGUCCCAGCAGCCCGGCUACCCGUCCCAGCCGCAGCAGCCCGGCUACCCGUCCCAGCCGCAGCAGCCCGGCUACCCGUCCCAGCCGCAGCAGCCCGGCUACCCGUCCCAGCCGCAGCAGCCCGGCUACCCGUCCAGUGGCAAUUUUGGCUGGCGUCUUCCUCAGACUGAAGCUGCACCCAGCACAGGGGGUUCAACAGGCAUGACUGGGGCCCACCUCAACUACUGGAGUAAAAGAUUUGGCUACAACUGAUACCUUGGACCAUGGGCUUUGGGGUUGACACUUGUGCCUUGAGUCUUUGUGGAAAUAAAAUGCAUUUUGUACUA